UUGCUUACAGGUCUUUGGGCUGAAAGAUCGUCAUAGCGGUAUGUCUAUCUCUAUGUUCUUAAAUAAUGUUUACGUCUUAUUUGUAGAAUUGUAUGCCAUGUUAAGAAGAACAUCAAGUAGGUCAGCGGUUAGCUAGUUGCAGUUUCUGACAUGGGCGAAAUAGUAAGAAUAGAUGGGCGAAAAAGUAAUAGCGGGCGUGCUUCCGCUAUUAGUAUGGGAAAAAGCAAGUCGCGCUCGACUGCGCUCCGGACGAGGAAUUCCGAUUUUGGAGUGGCUGGUGUUGUGGAGUUGUACUACCAGGGCCUGCACCAGCACCGCUGGGUCCGCGAACCGGGUUGAGCCGGCUUCAGUGGCGCACGAUACGAAUCGCCGCCAUGGCGCGACAAAAACAGUCUCCACGGGCGAUUAUGAUGCCACCAAAGAGUUUUUGCAGCCUGGAACAGGCACACUAGAUGAGCGGCAAGCUGGAACAUCACAUGCCAAAAUUACAAGCGUAGGCAUUUCAGAUGCGGGGAUAAUACGGCGGUCAUCGGUGGCUCAUGAACAGUUGGUGGACAGCAUACGAAAAUCAUCGCCACCUAGUAGUACUGCAACAUAUACAAAUACACAUAAUGAAGAAGUACUAAAGGAAAUCGAAAAAGCAAAGUCCAGGGAUCAUCAAAACAAGAAAAGAAGCAUAGGAGAUGAAGUAUCUUCUAGUCACUCAUUUUCGUUGUCAACAACUAGUAGUCGUAGUGCACUAGGUCCAUCUGCCAAGGACCGGGUCAACGAACAGCAACACAACUCGGCAACAAACAGCAAAAACUCGCUUGGUGAGAUCUCAGAUUAUAGAACAAUGGCGGUCACAUCCACGAAGGGCACUAAAAGUAUGAAAGAGGGUGACAGAUUUGAAAUAAAGGCAGAGCUGGUCGCUUUAGGAGACGUCGACCAAAUCUUCGAUAAACCUACUAGACCAUCUUCAACACCCAGCAUCCGAGACACAAGACAGGAGGAGGACAAGCGCAGCAUAACGCAUAUAGUUGGAGAAGAACUCUCAUCCAAAUCAAAUAAUAAUCGUGCACAAAAAAUAGUAGAGUCGGACGAAGCUGUAGCUGAUUCAACUGGAGAGUGGUCGAGGAAAAAGCGACGUCGCGUAGCAUCAAAAGGGGAAGUAACCUCAAGUGGGGAAUUCCACAAUGCUGAUACGAGCAGACGCGGAGGUUUCAGCUCAGGAGACGCGGCCGUUUUUUUUGAAGGCGAGGGAACAACGCGAGAUGGCAAAUCUUCAUCAACCAGUGACUAUCAUGCAGCUUCUACGGGGUCAGUGCAUAACCACUACAGCACAAGUAUUCGGCACGGAACGACGAGCGGUGGCGGGGGUGAAGAAAUCAACUCAUCCCCUAGAGGCUCCUCCGCAAAGCAAAAGCUUUUGAGCCGCGAAACUGCGCAUAAGCAGAUGGAAACUGAACAUGCGUUAACAAGUGAUAUCCGCGACGCCCAUGAGCAUGGAAUUGAUAGCAACGACCAUAGCGAGAACGACGGGAGCGACGCCGCGAUUACUUCCAGUUCCACUUCUUUAGAACAGAAGCGAGAGCUACGACUUGUUCUGUCUACCGGCGACGAGAAUUCCACAAAUAUCACUUGUGGCACGAACACGUCCACCGGAGGAAACGGCACGGAUUGUACGACUUCGAGUCCGAGUGGCGACAGCGAUACCAAUUAUGCGUCGAUCAACUGGUUCGCGUGGGUAGACUACGUUGUUGUGUUUUUCCAGGACAGCGACCUCUUGCUCAAAAUCUGGUGGUAUUUCAAGAUCGUCGUAUUAAGGCUAAUCACAAUGCAAAGCACAAACUAUCCAGCAGAGCAACCUGUAAUCCUUUUCAUUUUCUAUUGGUCGGUGUUUGUCCAGUUCGCAAAUCAAAAUUUGGAAUCGUGUAGAAAUUUAUGAGAAAAGAGAAUGAUGAGCUCUACUAGGACUAGGUCAGAGAAUCAGAAUGAACUAUUUAGAAGAUGAUCCAGUAUCCAUUAUAAUGUAGGCAAGGUGGUCUUGGCUCCUCUAAUCGUAACCAGUAUUGCUGUUAUCCUUGUCUUAUACUGGGGCGUCUCCAAGUAUCUGCGACAACGCGAGGAAGAGAGGAGGCGAGGGGAGUACGACGCAAGUUGGGAUCCGGAUGCUGCCUUCAGGCCUCAAAUUGCUGAGAAAGAAAUACCGGACGAAGUCGCACUAGAUCAGAGAUGGACGGAAGAUUGAGGUUCAAAUUCUUGGCGUCAGAAAUCCACGCGUUUCUUUGCUGCAAUGUGGUGAUCAGUGCUAUUUUUAGCGAUACUUACUCAAUCGUUCCCCUCUUUCGUUUCGACUAUCUUUCUGUUGGCAUCUGUAUGAGCGUGUUCUGAUUCUGUUGAGAAGUGAGGGAAACGAACGAAAAGCAUGAACAAAGGAGAGCGCUUCUGUUUGAGUGUUUUCCACUCUGUUGAGGGUUGUAGAAUAAACACGAAGAACGUGGAGAGUUACACUAAGUAACAUUAGCCUAGUAACGUAGUCAAGGCACUAAUAUGAAAAACCUUACACUCUUUCCCGACAGGAUCUAAUGUCUUUUCGCACGUUGAAACUACAUUCUGGACCUUGAAGCACGCCCCGCCUGGAAGUAACUAGUGUUCUACCUUUAUCAAGUUUGUUAUCGGUUGUAUCGGUACAACAUAGGUUAUCAGCCUCGCUUUGCAUGUAGAAUUUAUAGAAUUCAUAGCAUUGAUUUCCCUCUUUUGAAUUCGUAGACCCCCUAGACAAUUCAUUGAAUUUUUUUCUCUAGCUUCUUUGUUCCGCUUUGGUUUAUUCUUGUCAUAGAACGUUCCUAGACCGUUGCACCUGAGUAACAAGCUCAAAGUAACUAGCUUGACCAACCACCGCGUGGCCAUAAGUAAGAAAUAACCCGGAACAAUUUAAAACCACGACUAACACCAAAGUCACUAGAAUAAUUCAGAAUUAGCUGACUAGUACUAGAAAAGUCAAAGAGAUUGCAAACGGUGCAAUCUCAAAGGUCUACCUCGCCUAGAAUUCAAACGGAAUAAGUUAACUAUCCACGGAAGUAACUAAACAAAGAACGAAGUCGAAAGUAAUUCACCAAGGUAAGGACAUAGUGUCAAUUACUUGAUUCGAUAUCGACGGACUAUAAGGCGGAUAUCCGUUGCGAACUAUAAUCCACUUUCCUUCGGACAAAUUGAAGUAUGAAAUCAAAAUCCCACUCGCCCCCAAUUCGAUUAAUGUUACUUUUAUUCCACCAGUACGAUUACCCAUUGAUUCUGAGUGGCAACCUGGUUGGUGUGCUAAAUUUGUUGAACUGCAACUUUUUGUUUUUUGAAAAGCAAAAUAAUAUUAGUAU